GAGAGCAUCUUUCUGCUGUUUCCUACUCGAUGGGACCGGCGUCCCUUCCAUACACUGUUGGUAAUGAUGGAAUCGGCCGAGCCUUCAACUCCUACAAGUUUGCCUAUUUCUUUGGACCAUUUCAUUGUUCUUUCGUUGUGGUCUUCUUGAGUUUGAGCUGCUUCUUCAACGGCGUUCAGUUCUUACGCCCCUGCAGCGCAAAGGCGUCUAUUAAACGCCUUUCAAGGUUUAGUUUGUAACUUGGAGUUGUCCUCUUGGGUUCUCUGUUCUCAUCAACUAUGUCAGUUGAAAUGUUGCUCCCAGAAGUCAAGCCAGGAAUAGGAAUGUGGUCAUGUCGCCUUACGGUUGUUGAAAAACACAACGUACGCAAAGCGAAAAAUUCCCCUAUGAAAUUCAUGCACUUCAUACUGAUGGAUACCGCGGGAAACAAGGUGCAGGCAGCUGCAUUCCAGGGAGACAUUGAUGUGAUUGAUCAACGUCUUGCUUUGCACUCAACCUACCUUAUCUCAAAUGCUUUCGUGAAGCCAGCCACUGAUCUGCGAUAUUGUGUUGAUCUUAAUUACCAGUUUGUUUGGACAUUCACGCGAAGAACCCUCAUUCAGGAUGUUACUCCUGAGGAUGCCAUUGAUUGCGCCCUUCUUCUUGAGGCAGGGACUAAGCCUUUUCGUGAUUUCUAUGACUGUCACUUGCGUAAAGAAAAAAUAAGUGCUCUGGCUGCAAUUGUUCAGAAAUUGCCUCGUGCAUUCAUUGUGACGGAUGGACAUCAGAAACCUGCUUGGGACAUCGUUCUCAUUAAUGAGGAGUGUAUCCCGGUUCCUCUCACUCUUUGGGAAGAUUUUGUCACCAGUCAUGGAGCUGAAAUUGAGCGACAUCUCGAGGAGGGGAAUUACCCACUGGUUCUCAUUGAAAGGGUUGCUGUCAACCUUUUUCAAGGUCUCACUCUGGCAACCAGAUUUGAUACCCGUUUGGAACUCAAUCCAACUGGUGAACGUGCGCUGUUGUUGAGGAAGUGGGUUGUUGAAAAUGUCCACAAAGUUGAUCAAAUGACGCUAGAGAAGGUGUAUGAGGACGCUCUUAGUGCUCUAGCCAAGCCUCUGUCCCAGCCUCGCACGCCUGUUGCUGGGCUGGAAGCAAAAUUAGACGAGAUUCCUGUUGCGUGGGUAUUGGGAAAGUUCAUUCUAAUGGACACUUCAGAUGAUGGCUUUUACGUGGGUUGUGACUAUUGUAACAGAAGGGUUUACGCCAUGGAAGGGGUGACUUUUGAAUGCAUGUUCUGUGGCCAGAAAAAAGGGAAAUCAGUUAAGAGGUUCCGUUUUGAUGCUUCACUGAGUGAUGGAACGUCUAGCGUUCUCGUGACUCUCUUCACAGGGGACAUUCUGUCCCUGUUUGAGUUCGUGCACAUGGACGCAGGAGACAUCGUUGAUCUCGAGGCAUUUGACUCAAAACUGCAAAAAAUUGACAUUAUCGCUGGCGUGAAACGCACUAAACUUAAUGAAGAGCGAGCCCAAGGGAACCCGUACACUGUGGUGUGUGUCGUUGAGCCAAAACCUUUCACAGAUGCUGUUGCCAAAGACAAAAUUGCCCUGCCAGGACCCAGUUUUCUCCCCGCAGCGAAAAAAAGCCUGAACUUUGAGACUGUCAAAGAUCUGCCUGUGCAUGAAGCUACUUCUACUGAUGAGCCGCUCACAAAUCAGCGUGCAAGGAAGCGCAAAUUGUCCGACUCAUAAGUUAUGCUGACCAUUUGCCCGGUCGUGGGGAUUUCCAGCUGCGUCUGCUCAUUGUUCUUUGGUUGUGCUGUUUGUAUAUAUUUUUCGUUGACUUGAAGGCUUGUUUUGCUCAAACACUCGUGGUCUAUAAUUCGUGGAGAGUUAGUCUAUACCAUUGGCUCACUCGCUACUCAAUUAUUAGUGUCCACGACCUCUCCCCGAACUUGGUUCUCUGUACAUGCAGUGUUGUUUUUGCACAAAUUACUAUGUUUGGACUGUUUUCUCUGUAAAUAUCUAAUCCCAAACUUGGUUCUCUCUAAAUAUCUAAUCCCAUAUUCC